AAUGAAAACAUUUAAGAUAUUGUUAGCCAAACUAAGUAACGUUCAAUCCAUCGUUUAGGGGCACUGCAUUAUUUGCAUAAUUUUACUUUAAAAAUCAGAGCAUUUAAUUAUUCACAAGGGAACAGCCACUACAGACUACUUCUUAGGAUCAGCUCAUUUCGGUGCCAAUAAGGCUACUCAAGCCAAGUCUACAAUAAAAUAAAGUACAAACCAUAGUCUAUUUAUCAGAUGAUUGAUUGUCUAUCAAUUGUUGCUUGCUCAUAAGUAAGUAUCGAAAUUUAUAGAAAAAAUGUCUUGCAUUAAAUUAAAAAUUAUUUCAAUCAAAACAUAUCAAUAAAGACACCAU